AUGGGUUUUAUGGAUAUUGAGGCAGGAGCACUGAAGCCAUCGGAGGGAUGUUUCGGCGGUUUCCUCAAGUGGGCCAUCAUCGGUGGUCUGAUCGGCAUGGUGGGCAUUGCUGGGCUCAUGGUGGGCCUACAUCUGUCCGGGAACCUCACCUCACAGAAGCCGGCCCAAAACCCAGCAGACUCGGCGGUAUCAGCCUUCCAAAACGGCAAGACUGUCAACUCUGGCGCUAAUGCUAUUGGGACAGCUAUUGUAGCUGCGAGCGACCCUGUCCAAGACGUGGUGUCAGACAUGGCAGACGGUGUGCUGGACGCUGUGAGCAGUGUGGGCGACGCUGUGGCCGACGUGGCCGGGGAUGCCGUGGACGUGGUGGCUGACGUGGGCGGUGACGUGGCUGAUGCAAUCUCAGACGUGGCCCUAGGCGAUGGCGUGGCUGACGUGGCGGACAAUGUUGCAGACGCCGCCGGUGACGUGGUGGAGAAUUUGAGCGACGUGGUCGGUGAUGCACCCGAUGUUCCUGACGUGGCUGAUGCUGUGGAAGAUGUUGUUGAUGACGUGAAGGAUGCUAUGGAAGAUGUGAUGGACGAAAUAGGCGAUGAUAUUGAUAAUGAUAAUGAUGAUUCUUCCGAGGAAGUAGACGACGACGUUGGGGAUGAUUUAGAAGAUGUUUUGGAAGAUAUAGAGGAUGUUGGGGAUGAUAUGGGUGAUGAUAAUGACGACAGUUUGGAACUUGAUGGAGAUGGUGGGGAUAUGGUUGAGGAUAUGGGUGAAGGUUUGGGUGAGAUGGGUGAAGGUUUGGGAGAAAUGGGAGAGGGUUUGGGCGAAAUGGGAGAGGGUUUGGGCGAAAUGGGAGAGGGUUUAGGUGACAUUGGAGAGGGUUUCGGGGAUAUGGGUGAGGGUUUCGGUGAUAUGGGCGAAGGUUUCGGUGAUAUGGGCGAAGGGUUUGGGGAUAUGGGCGAAGGUUUCGGAGAUAUGGGCGAGGGGUUUGGGGAUAUGGGAGGUUUUGGGGAUUUGGGGGAAGGUUUUGGAGAUAUGCUGGACGGAGGGGAAGGCGCUCUUCCAUGGAUGCUGAUGUCCUCUGGGCUCGGUGGUGGAAGGCCUGCGUUUGGCGGACUCCAAAGACCUCCAGUGCCGAUAUCAGCGGCCAGUGGAAACCCGUAUUCUGGCAUGACUAUCGCUCAGCCGCCCACUGGAUUCAUCGCGUCCCAAAGGGGUUCAAAUAUGAAUAUGAACAACCUUGGCCUUGGCAUGAUGGCCUUGGCUGGAGACGGCCUUGACAUGGGACUUGACAUUGAUUUUGGCAUGAGGAAACGUUGAUGCCAUAUUAGCUUUUGUUUUCUUUUGAGACUAUAUUUUUUUUGGAAUGUGAGAGUCCCCGAAAAUACAAUGUGCCAGUUUCUUUGUAUUUUUGACUUUUGAUCAAUAAAAUUAAUUAAGAUUAUUUGGCUUAUCUGACAAAGAAGUGAAAAAGCAUAAUCAUUUAGAGUGUAGAUAUAGAAAAAACAGUCGUAGAAAUGCAGUAGAUACCCAUUCCAGAAGAAAACUCUUGACAUAUCAAUGUUUUUGUUUUUUUAUGUGUUGCCAUAACUUUGCUUGUAUUAAAGGUAUAAUUAAAGUAAAGGUACAGAAUAACUCUCGUGUACCGGAGUAGUAAGAACCCUUUUUACGAAACAACAGUCAAUAAUUCAUUAUGUUUACGUAAUUUUGGUGUGUCGGUUUUUGUGUUCACUUCAAAGUGCCGUAUUCUUUUCUGCUGUUCUCAUUAAUUUCUUUUUUAUUUAUCGCUGUCUUUCAUUCUGUAUGAGCUGUUUCAUAUAGACAGAUUUCAUGCUGUAGCUUGUAUAAUGUUUGCAUUUGCUAUUACUUGAAAUCAUAUCUCAUAAAACAGCUCUUGAAGUCACUUUUUCAGCUUUCGAUUCUGUCUUUUUUCUGGAUAACAAUAAAUUUGUCUGUUAAUGUUCUUCCCCGUGA